AUGGCCGCCAUCGGGCCGCGCGAGAAGUACGCCGACACCAUCCAGGAUCUCAUCGACGGUAACGUCCCUGUGGGCAUCCACGAUGGCGUCAUGUACGCCAUGCUGAUGGACAGCAUCUCCAACACGUCCGAACACCGGUCGCUGGUCUUGGUGGACUGCUUCAGGCACGUUCAGUACGUAGAGGACUGCCUGAAGCACCUGCUGGAGAGCCACGGCCGUUUCGCGCUCAUGCUGAACCAGCCCAAGAUGUUCAACAGUGUAUCGGCCAAGCACCGCGAACGCAUCCACCGCAUCGACGCGCCCUUCGCCAGGACCCCCGUCGUUGUGUACUUCAGCAGGGACUUCCCGCUGGUCGACGUUUUCUCGAGGGUCAUGAACCGGUUGCAGAGCUCGGGCAUCGUGGAGCAGGUGUACCUUCGCACCAUGAACUUCGGCGUGGCCGAGUUCCGGGAACAGGUGGUGGCCCAGAUGUCCGGGCCGUACCCCAUCAGCCUGUCGGUACUAGCACCCGUGCUGCGCUUCCUGGGGCUCAUGCUGCUGCCGCUGCCCGUGCUCUGCUUCCUGGGCGAGCUGCUGCUCGCCCGCGUUCUGGACAGGCACCACCGAAUGUUGCCGCCGCCCCGGACUUUCGGGCCGCCGUUCUCACUCAGCAUCGCCACACUCCACGUCUGA